UUCAUUGAAACAAAAGAAAGGUGAGCUUGAUAUAGGUGCCGCAUCUCUUUGAUUUACAAUGCGGGUGGACACAGCAGAUGUCUUCCUGAUUAUGGCUUACAUCGCGGUAAUCCUUGUGGGUAUCGCUGGUAACUCACUUGUGAUAGAAGUGGUGCGAAGAAAACGAUCCAUGCAUUCUACCAUGAACUUCCUGCUCGUCAAUCUCGCCAUCUCAGACUUGUUAACUCUCGUCUUCUGCCUUCCUGGGAUGAUUCUUUCCUAUACCAAGCAACCAAACGGGCAAAUGGGCAAUCUCCUCUGUAAAUUCAUUACAACACACACCAUCGCUGGUGUUGGAAUGAUCGUCUCUGGAUUGACACUGACAUUAAUCUCUGUGGAACGCUACAAAGCUCUGGUGAUUCCAAUGGAAACGCGGUUUCGUCUCACGAAAGGAAACGUCCUCUAUGCCAUCAUAGGGAUAUGGAUUUUCGCCAUCGCUUAUGUGUGUCCCCUGUUUAUCUUCGAAACAUACAGCGAGGAAUACCAUCGGUGCAUUACAAGCUGGUCGACUUCUGCCGCGGAAAGCAAUGCAUAUUGGAUCGCCCUUGCCGUGAUCAUCACUUCAUCUUUUGUUAUCAUGUUUAUGUGCUACUUCAGCAUAAUCAGAGGUUUGUACUUCACCAACACGAUUUGCUCCUCAAACGCUAACGCCGGAAUGGACAAUGAUGGAGUGUUCAAACGAAAAAUCGUCCAAAUGUUGCUGAUUGUCACUGCUGUGUUUUUGUUUUGUUUCUUUCCCUUUGCCAUUGCAACUGCAGCAGACAUAGCCCAAAGCAGUGUGUUCUACAAGACUUCGUAUUUUCUGGUGUACUGCAGUUCCAGUUUGAAUCCUAUCACCUAUGCGCUGAACAGUACAAAUUACCGAACUGCGUUUAAGGAAGUUUUGAAUGAGUUCCGACUUUGUGCCUGCUUAGGGCAGACUCAGGAUUUUAGAACAAUGGUUCAAUCAAAAAACAGCGACAGACACCGUGGGGUUAGGACUGAACAGUUGUAAGCGACUGCACUAUUUUUCAUCAUCAAUUCAUUAACUGAAUAUGCAUCGAAGUAUUUCACUUCCACAGUUAACGACUGCUUAAAAACCUUGCGUAUAACGAAGCAUUUCUAGAUAAGCUUUGUUUAGCCUGACUUACUGAAAGAUUUAGUUUAACGAGCUAUAAAGAAUCUGUUCCGUUAGUUACCCUUGGUAUUUAGGAUUUACAUGCGGCUAAUCUUUCGUUCGCAUUAGUACCAAAGAAUAACCACAAACAUAUAAAAACACCUGAAUCUUUUAAUAUCAGAACUCUUGCAAGAUUCCGGUGUUAUAAUUUUAGGGCAAUUUUUAAGGCCAUCACACCCAUCUUGAACGCAAAUACUGCCGUGUUUUUUGGUAAUAUAGUAAAAGUAUUACCAACUUACAGCGUGUUUGACUGAGUAUGCGCUUAACACGCCGACUCGCGUAAAAGGAUAGCUUUAAAUCAGCUAUUCCUUUCACGUUAUCCACAAAUUGUAAACGAAGAGGAACUACCUGAUUCG